AUGACGGACGACGGCGCGCCGCAGCUGGUCUACCACCCGGGCGACCUGAGGCGGGAGCGGCUGGGCCUGACGCCAGCCGACUGGGCCUUCAUCACGACGCAGGCGGACGCGAUCAUGCACGUCGGCGCCGAGGUGUCCCACACCAAGACCUACUCCACGCUGAGAUCCGUCAACGUGGCCUCCACUGCCGAGUUGGCAAGGCUGUGUCUCGACGCGCAGCUAUCGCAGGGACGCCGCCGGCCCGUCCCCUUCCACUUCGUGUCCACUGGCGAGAUCUCUAUGCUGGGCGACGGCGGCGAGCAGGGGGCGCUGUACGAGGAGUCUGUCCGGUCCGCCCGGGUCGUGCCGGACCAGGACGACGCAGUCGCCAAGGGUUACGCUGCCACCAAGUGGGUGUGCGAGAGGAUGCUCGAGAACCUCGCGGAGGAGAAAGCCAGCUGCCAACAAGGCGACGAUGCCGGUGCCGCCGGCCCACUCCGCGUCUGGAUCCACCGACCCUCGAGCAUCACAACGCCGCAGGACGAGUCGGCCAUGGGGCCCGACGCGCCGAUCCUCCCCAGGGUGCUGUUCUACUCGCGCCUGCUGCGGGCUGUCCCCAGCGAGAUGGAGGUCGGCGGGCGCAUCGGGGGCUCUCUGGACUUUAUACCGCUAGACACGGCGGCGGGCGACAUUGUCGACGUCGUCAUGGCUAGCUGCGACGAAGCAGCCGGCGGGAAGGAGAGCGCUCCUGCGGUGACCAUGGGGUGCGUCAGGAGCGAAGGGGGAGGUGUCACCGGCGGCACCGUCCUGGAGCUGGCAACGUUAAGGGAGUUUCUCGAGGCAGAGGCGGAGCAGUCGGAGGGCGCCAGGGAGGAGGGGCAGAAGAAGGCGCGCUUCCAGGCUGUGCCGUUGUCGAAGUGGACGGACAGGGCUGAGGCACUGGGGUUACACCCGCUGCUUGCGGGCUUGUUCCGGGGCGUGGAGUAG